AUGACAACUUUGCCUAUUCAAAAAGGAUAUGAUGCUUCUGAUAUUUCUAAAUUAUAUCCUUCUGAGCUUUCAUUGCAUUAUGUUCAAGUAAUAUUUCGUCAUGGUGAAAGAACACCAAUUUUUUCAAAGCUUAAAUUUCCUGGAAUUCCAAGCAAUUGGAAUCUAUGUAAUUCUGCGAAUUUUUUUCGUUCUGCUAUUAAAAUGAGUUCUGGAACUUCUGAUGAUCAUCAAAAUUGGGAUUAUUUAAAUUAUAAGAGGAAACUUGAGGUAAUGAAUGAAGAUUCGAAAUUUAGAAGGCUUGAAGAUGAUAGUGUUUGUAUGGAGGGUGAAUUAACAGAUAUUGGUCGAGAAUCUACUUUAAAUCUAGGGAAAAGGUUGCGGAAAUUAUAUGUUGAUCAAUUGUCUUUUCUCCCAAGAGUUAUUUCUAAAUCAUCUCAAAUUUAUAUACGAACCUCAGAUAUACCACGAGCUUUGGAAUCUGCUCAGCAUGUGUUUUCCGGGCUAUAUCCCUCUAAAUUUAGAGAAUCAUCCUUUGAGGCCGAAUUUGGUUUAAGGGAGCUUCAUGAUGAAAACAUUUUUCCUAAUGAUGAUCAAUGCAAGCGAUUACGUAUGUUGCUUGAAGAAUUUAGAAGUUUAGCUUCUAAAACUUGGGAUCCAAUAUUAGCUUCUAGAACUUCUAAAAAAGUAUUGAAGUAUAUCCCUGAUAAAAUUUCAAUAAAAGGCCGUGUUCAAGUAUUUGAAUUGUUUGAUUUAAUAUGUACUGCUAUAGGAAAUGGAAUUAAAAUUCCUGAUGAAUUAUACGAUGAGGAAUUAAGAAAAGAUCUUGAAUUAGCAUCUAUUAGUGAGUGGUUUGAUGGUUAUCGUGAUAAUCUUGAGGUUAGAAAGCUUGGAAUUGGACCAUUUUUAGGCGAAUUGAAAGAUAUUUUUGUAGAGAGUAAAAAACAUAUGAAUAAUGAAAGGAGGAAAAUUUCUUUAUAUGGAGCACAUGAUACUACAUUAGGUUCGAUUUUACAGUCGUUGGAAUGCUUUGACCGUAGAUGGCCUUCGUAUGCAUCACAUAUUGCAUUCGAAUUGUUUAGAAAACCUUCAACAUCAUAUUUUCGGUCAUUUUUUCAAAAAGAUGAAUGGUAUAUACGUUUGCGCUAUAAUGAUACACCAUUAGUUAUUCCAGAGUGCAAAAAAAAGGGUAAUCAUUUAAAUGGUAAUGAAAGUUUCUGUACUUUUGAGGCAUUUCAGGAUAUAGUAUUAAAAAUGGUUCCAAAAAAUUUGAAUAAAGAAUGUUCUAUAUAG